AAACGACCGUUCGUUGAACGGCGAGAAAAAAAUGCAUCACGAAAGUAAAACACAAAAMACAAGACUGUUGAGACGACGACAAGGUAUCGCGUGACACCAGUCUUUGAUAGAACAUCGGUUGUUUGGAUAGCUUUGGUCAAGGGAACAACGGAUCAAACCGAAAAGACAAGAUAUCGUGCGACUACGGAGCGACAAACAGCAGGGUAGCAUCUUCAAGGAAAAAGCAACAACAGCCUGGUGUCUUUUCCGAGAUUUGUCCACUUUCAGUUGCCUGUCUCUGAUUUCUGUGCCCUUCCCAUUCGCGGUCCAUUCAAAAUCGAUCGCUUCUCCUGAUGCGGUGAAUCGUUUUGUCAUGAGGCAUUCUUUGUUUCAUGCCACUCGGCGGGUGCGAAUGCGAGCGCCGCGGUUUUCGGCCCCAUCUCUGUAUGGUUCUGCCGAGCGAAGCGGCAGUGGCAGAUGCAUCUACAAGGAAUCCCCGAGGGCGCCGCCCCAACACAGGCAAGAGUUUGCUCGGAGGCGUACCCUGUAUUUCAGUCCGCUCGGCUCGCACAGCGAAGGCUUUGGGAACAGCACUGUACCGAGGGAUCGUUCGAACGGAAACCAACUCCGAAAGGUUUCACGCCAAGAGCUAGAGCUAUACAAAGCCGGAACCGAGGGAACGAAAAUACCAACACUUGUACCACCAGGUAUCUUGGUACGCAACAGCCUAUUGCAAUAUUGUUUCAGAGACAACAACGAAGCUCAAGAUCAAGAUCUAUUGACUUGCUUUCCUCCCACAACGGCAAUGKGGAAACAACCACAACGCCGAUGGUAUUCCCCAAAACCAUUCACUGGGAUGACAGACGCAACUCUGUUCCCCCGAACGAUUCAUUUUGCAUCGGUAUUGUUGCCUAUAAAAACCUCGAAAAUGGCGAUGGCAACGGCAACGGCAUCAAACGACAAUGCCAAGAAAAAGCACGAGCACGAAACGGACCAGAAGAAGACCACGGCUCCCACUCCCGACGUUACCAAGAUUCGCGACGACGACGACGACAAAACAACGGACGCCCAAUGGAAACGCGUCCGUACCAUUCGGGUUCCGGAAUUCGGUCCGGAUGCGGACCGUGCCGUUCGCUCCCUGCAAAACGCACGAAAAGAGCGAGCCAGGGUCAAGACCUCCGUCAACGUCCAGAGGGCGUUGUACGGRAACAUGCUGAUUUGCGUUGCAAAGCUGGGAGCGUGGGUAUCCAGCGGAAGCAGCAGCAUGAUGGCGGAGUUUGUGUGAGUGUCCCGUCGCGUCCUACGGUAUACUAUUGUUACGAUCGGAACCCAGUGCUCUCUAACCACAAGCAUUCGUUUUUGCACGUUUCCUUUGCUGUCRCCAAUGCAUUGUUACCGCUCAUAUUUAUUCCCAACCAAUUCAUUACAGACACUCCGUGGUAGAUUGCGGRAACCAAUCCCUCCUACUAAUUGGGCUUAGGGGCUCACAGAACGCAGCCGAUAAUCGACAUCCGUAUGGGUACGGGAAGUCUGUCUAUUUUUGGGCACUCGUGUCGGCACUCGGGACAUUUUUCAUGGGGGCAGGUAAGAAAUCUUCGUGAUUCGAAUCGAUUCGACAAAAUUCAAGCAUGCCACCAUGCCAUACCAAUUUUCCAUUCGAUUCGAUUUCGAAAUCUUAUACCAUUUGAAAAUCCUUGUUGUUGCAAUACCCUAGGUGUGAGYAUGUCGCAUUCCGUUCAAACAUUGUUCAACCCUACCCUGGUCGAAAACAUCAGCAGCGAGGUUUGGUUCGUCCUYGCGAUGAGCUUUGUCGUGGAUGGCUAUGUUCUUUAUAGAACUGUUGGAGACGUAGAGGAGGCUCGACCGAAGGGUGUACCGAUGUUGAAGUAYGUAUCAAAGCUUCGGGAUCCGGCCACGCUGGCCGUUUUGCUGGAGGACGGUGCCGCUUGCCUGGGUAUCGUGAUUGCCAUUGCCGGAAUCGCUGCAUCGCACGCCAGCUGCAAUCCCAUUUACGACGGGUUGGCAGGUGUUGGAAUCUCUUGCCUCCUCGCAGCCGUUGGAGUGACCCUGGCUCGUGUCAACCACAGUUUUUUGAUCGGCCAGGGCGUGGARCGUGAAAUGCUAGAGGGCAUCGAAAAGAUCAUCCGGAACCGACGAAGCAUCGAGAACGUGUCCGGGAUACAGAGCCAAUGGACCGGUCCGGARACCUUUAGCUUCAAGGCCGAGGUCGAUUUCGAUGGGACCUAUCUCUCGGCGCUACUUAUGCCCCGGUACCGAGCGGAGUUCAUCAGCGCCGGGGACGAUCUCGACGAGGAACUCGGCGUCUUGCUCUCCUGGUACGCAGAGGACGUGAUCCGAGCAGUGGAACGCGAGGUCCGGCACAUCGAGGCAAUGAUUCGCCAGCAAUACCCGGGAGCAGAAUAUAUCGAACUGGAACCGAUGAGCAAGUUCGUCGACCGCUUUGCGAUCGAYGAUAGCUUCGAAGAGAAAUUGCUGGACAUUGAAAAGAAGGAGCUGAAGAAAUGGGUUCKUGUUUUGUACGAGAACAAGGAAGAAAAUGCCUGGAGGUCGGUGAACACAAAGGGAGGCACCAGCAAYAUAAAAACUCCCGACCAAAACGUUGUUUCGGGAGCGGUCCCGAGCGACACACUUUCUGAAAGCGGUUCCAUGACCGGAGACACGAAAACCUAACGCAACGCGGCAAACACGCUAAUUGCGCGCUUAAACGCAAUACACUAAGCCUAGCAUUUCAACGCUCACAACGAGUAGUUGCUUCUCUUAUAAUCUGACAACUACCAAUUAUGUUGACACUCCUUUUUGUAGAAAUAGGGUGGCAAGUUGAUGAAAGCUAUUKUUUCAAAUGCAUCAACACAUCCAACGAACUCCCUGCAAUCGGUCUCUAUUCUUUUCUUAUUUCCGAGACGCUAAAAGCGUAUGAGCUGCAUCUAUCGUGACUAUUGAUUGAUUGCCAUUGAAACUUCACUCCACUGAUGGCGUUCGAAGAAAUAGCGACGGGUGACUUUAUUUUUCCGCCCUGACUUAGAUCCAGUCGAACAAAACACGUCCACCGUGCAUAGAAGAAAAAGAAAAUCUUGUUUUCUUUUUAGAAAUUAAAGAUUAUGGUACUCAUGUUUAUCUUUGAAGCUCAAAUUAUCUAUUUUCCCUGGCAACUACUUCGUACUUYGAUGUAAUGCAGGACAGGAAUAUGUCUUCCGUUGUGUUGUAGGUACGUUAAUAUCGCAACUGAAAUCGAAUACCUCGGAGGKRCGAAGCRUACGUAAUUUCGAUAACCGAAAUCACUCUGUCCUAUGUGAACAAAACAAAUGAAKUUCGGAAGCUAUUUCUUYCUUACACGAUGCAWUUUCUGCAUGAACCGWGAAUUUUAUUUUAUUUUUUUUCCAUUUAUUAUAUUAUACAAAUCCCUUUUGGUGCCAGAUAAACCAUUUUCCUCKUUUAUUUUGGGAUUCCAUUGAUAACGUUGAAAAAGUCAUCCUUGAGAGAGGCUCCUCCAAUCAAGCCUCCAUCAAUGUCGGGUUGGGCCAACAAUGCCUCGGCRUUGGCUCCCUUCAUUGAUCCACCGUAUUGGAUGCGGGUGGCCGUGGCGAUUGGCUCGCUCACAUUCUCGGCGACCCACUUACGGAUGCUUGCAUGGGUAUCUUGGGCCAUUUCGGGUGUGGCAGUGAGGCCUGUUCCGAUAGCCCAGACGGGUUCGUAAGCGAUAGCGACAUUAGCCCAAUCUUCAGCAGUCAAGAUCUUGGCCAAGGGUUCAAGCUGCUUAGCACAAACGUCCAUGGUGACACCGGAUUCACGCUCUUCCUUCUUUUCUCCGAUGGCCUGUGUAAGUUUAUAAUUACAAGUGCRAUUUGCAGAUUAUUUCGUCAUUUUCGUUGGAAAUAAAACGAUAGAACAAAAUUAUGAUAUGAUGAGAAUUCUUUUGUUACCAUCUAAUUUUGGAUUUUCCUCCCAUCKACGGAAAAGGUAAAAUUGGCAUAUUCAGCAAAACCAGUAAAAUACUUACAAACAUGACCUUCAGGCCAUUGUCGAUGGCAACCUUGCACUUCUCUGCGCAGAGUUCUUCGGUUUCUCCAGCCAUGCCGAAUCCCUCACGGCGUUCGGAGUGACCGAUGAUGACCCAGGUGACUCCAAUCGCCUUCAAUUGGUGAGAUCCGGUUUCUCCGGUAAAUGCACCGUUUCCCUUGUUGACACCAGCGUUCUGAGCACCAACGGCAAUGUCCUUUCGGAGACCGGUCAACAACUGCGGAAUGUUGAUAUCCGGAACACAGAGAGCAACUUCGACGUUGGCGGGGAUGGAACCACAUUCGUUGAACAUCUUGACACGGUCCAGAUUUUCGUCCCAGGUUCCGUUGCACUUCCAGUUUCCACCGAUCAAGUACUUGCGAGGUCCUUCGACUCCAG